UAACUGAAUUAUGGUAUAGAAAUGACCACAAUUUAGAUUUGGCUGGGCAGAUGUGCACCCGUGACUUGUGACCAGGCGUGCUGGUGUGCUUUAACUAAGUGGAAACGCUAACGUGUGGAAAACAUACAGCACAUUUAGCUCAUGUACCACAUGUGAGGUCAGUGACCCGUCUCGGAACAGCCACAACCAGACCUGAAGAUGAAGCCGCGGGGAGUGGGCGUCAUGCACGCUUUCACCGCUCUGACCAUGCUUACUAUGGCAAACGCGCAAACAACAUGUAAUCAAGGAAUGGGUCGUGUGAUGUACGAACGUUUACCGAAUCAACAACUACACGGCUUCGACGACGAUGUGGUACGCGAGACAGCGCCGCCUUUCCGCGUUUUAGAGAAGUGCCAGGAUCUGUGCCUGCGCGAUCGAUCGGGCAAUAGCUUGGUCCGUACGUGCAACUCCAUCGAUUUUCAACCAGGAGCGAGGAUAGCGGCAUUCAGCCCGGAACCUGAGUACGAAGAGUCCACUUGCUACCUGACGAGAGAGCAAGCCGCUCCCGAGGGUAUCGGAACUCUCAUGAUCGUCCCCAACAGUGUUCAUUUCAAUGAAAUCUGUCUAACUUCAAAUCGUCCGGAAAGGGAGUGUCCAUCACGUCGUUAUGUUUUCGAACGUCAUGCUAGAAAGCGUCUGAAGCUGCCACCUUCAGAUCUUAAAGAGAUAAUGGUCGCAAACCGCACUGAAUGCGAGGACAAAUGCUUGGGAGAAUUUAGCUUCGUCUGUCGUUCCGCGACGUACGACUCUGCUCUUCGGACAUGCUCUCUCAGCAGAUUUACUAGGAGAACUCAUCCCGAAAUGUUAGAGGACGAUCAUAAUGCGGAUUAUCUGGAGAACACUUGCUUGAACGCUGAACGACGUUGUGACGGUUUAGCAGUGUUCAUCAAAGAAGAGAACAAACGACUGGGAGGGCCCUUCGAAGCCGAUGUAUUCUCAAACAUGACAUUAGAUGAAUGUCAAUCGAUGUGCGUGCGCGCAGAAAAGUAUUUUUGUCGCUCUAUCGAGCACGAUGCAAUGACUCGGCAAUGCGUGCUGUCCGAGGAGGAUUCCGUCUCACAGAAGGAUGACGUCACCGUGAGCGCCUCACCAACGCACCACUUCUACGAUCUAGUGUGCCUUGACAACCUCUCUCAUCGGGUGACAGCUCGCGGCACGGAGUACCCGGACAACAGCGCGACGUCGCAUCUCUUCUCCCCGGGCAGGCGGCCCGACACAGCCUUCCAACGGUACAGGAACAGCCGGAUCACCGGGGAAUUCCAUUCCGAGAUCACAGGCCGCUCUCUCAGCGAGUGCCUCGACGAAUGCCUUAGGCAGACGAGCUUUCAAUGCAGGUCCGCCGUGUACAGCGACAGGGCGAGGACCUGUCGCCUGAGUCGAUACAAUCAGAAGGACGGCAUGCGAUUGCUUUAUGAUCCCGAUUUUGACUACUAUGAAAAUUUAAUGAAUCAGCUCGUAACUGGUGAGAACGAGGCAGGGGGAUCAGGCACUGGUUCGCAAUCUUCCUGGGGCAGACCGGGGUCCAAUACAGGUGGUAACGGUGGUGGUGAUCGAGAUAGAGAUCGGGAUCGGGAUCGGGACCGGGACCGAUAUCCUCCCGGUGUUGACCGCUAUCCCGAUGACGACCGAUAUGCGGACGAUGACCGGUACGACCGGAGACCGGACCGGUACCCACCGCCCGACGACCGGUACCCGGUGGGACCCGACCAAUACCCCGAUAGAUAUCCCUCAGGAGACCGCUACCCAGCAGAUAGGUAUCCAGAUGACAGAUACCCACCCGGUGUCGGACCGGAGAGAUAUCCAUCCGACAGAUAUCCCCCAGGAAUAGAUAGAUACCCACAGGGUGUAGAUAGAUAUCCAGCACCAGACAGAUAUCCAGGCGGAGACCGCUACCCAAUCGACGGCGGACGGCAUCCUAUUUACGACUAUCAAUCGAAUGACAUUGGUAGAUAUCCCGCCGGUGAACGUUAUCCAAUCAGCCGAUACCCUAUUGACGUUUAUCCGGAUAGAUAUCCCGACGACCGGUUUCAAUCAGAUAGAUAUCCUGUUCGUGGGAGUGAAAGAUAUCCAACCCGUCCCGCUUAUUAUCCUAACCGUUAUCCUGACCGAUACGAUCAGGACCGCUUUUCCGGUACAAAUGACUGGGGAAGAUAUCCAUUCAGACGGUACCCAGUAGGUGUUAAUCGUGAUCCUGCACCACUAGGAGGAGAUCGAUAUCCAGAAUUGUAUGACAAAUAUCCGCCGACCGGUUCGUCAUAUCCUGGCUAUGGUCGCGGUGGUUACUACGGUUCGGAAUUCUCCGGUGGUGAACGGUUUCCAGACAGAGGGGUUCGUCCUGCACCAGACAGAUAUCCAGUUGAACCUAGACCUACUUAUGGUAUAAGAAGACCCAUUGACAGACCAGGUGGAUAUCGUGGUAGCUAUCCUCCAUCAGGCCUGGAUAGACCAAUAGGUGGAGGUGGAUAUGGAGGUUACGAAACUGACGGACCGAUAGGGCCUGUAGGGGGUCCAAUCGGAGGUCCGAUCGGAACCCCAAUAGGUAACCCAUUAGGUGGUCCUAUUGGAGGUCCAGUCGGGGGUCCCAUAGGAGGUGGCGUCGCGGGACCACUAGGUGGCCCGAUUGGCAGGCCGCCAGUAGGCAAUCGACCAUGGCAAGGGUCUCGUUGUGAGGAGGACAGCUUCAGACAAGUUGGCCGGCAACGUAUGCAAAGACGUUUCGUGAGACGCUUCACCACGGCGCACUCUUUGGCUCAUUGUCAGCGGGAGUGUAUCGAGGCUAGAGAUUUUAUUUGUCGCUCAUUCAAUUACAGGGAAGGGGCUUAUGGCGAGUCUCGUGACAACUGCGAACUCAGCGACCGCGACACGCGGGAACUGGAUGCUGCUAAUCCUGCGCACUUUGAUAACACUGCCAAUGAUUAUGAUUUUUAUGAGCGAGCUCUUGGCCGCAUCGCUGACGAUUGUCUUGAUGUAUCUCAAGUGUGUAACGAAGAUGGAAUGGAAUUCACGCUGCGUCUUCCUGAAGGAUUUUUCGGUCGAAUGUACACGUACGGGUUUUACGAUCGUUGUUUCUUCCGCGGCAAUGGAGGCGUCUCGAAUGUUCUGCGCAUUAGCGGCGCGCACGGAUACCCUGAAUGCGGUACACAACGAUACGGUGACACAAUGACGAACAUAGUGGUAGUUCAGUUCAGCGACAACGUGCAGACAUCUAGAGACAAGAGGUUCAAUCUUACAUGUUUGUUCCGUGGCCCUGCCGAGGCGGUGGUUACCUCAAAUUACAUUGGAGCUGGUUUUGGUUAUGAUUUUAUCGACAGAUCGGGAAGUCCCAUCCCUAUCGAAUACCUACCCGAGGAGAGUUCAUUGAAUUCGAAGGUUCGCUUGAUGAUCCUCUACCAGGGCCGUCCAACAACAACCAUCGCUGUGGGAGACCCGUUGACAUUUAGACUUGAAGCCCAAGACGGAUAUAACUACGCUACAGAUAUAUUCGCUACCAAUGUUAUCGCAAGAGAUCCCUAUUCCGGCCGUUCUGUGCAACUUAUCGAUAGAGUUGGAUGUCCAGUAGAUCCUGAUGUUUUCCCAGAGUUGGAUAAAGGUCGCAACGGUGACUCGUUGGAAGCAAGAUUUAACGCCUUCAAGAUACCAGAAUCGAACUUUUUAGUGUUUGAAGCUACUGUACGAACAUGCAGAGAUGGUUGUCAACCAGCAUACUGCCCAAGUCACACUGGGCGUUCGGAACAGUCUUUCGGACGUAAACGCCGUGAAACAAAUUCUACACUAGCGGUAGAAAGCAACAAUACAGUAACAAAGAAUGACACAGAAAGUAACAAAGAGAAAAACGAAGAUGAUGAGGGAACUAUUUAUAAAAUCUCUUUCGAGGAAGCCAAAGUUGAUAAGUAUCUUAAGGAUGAAGUGGAAACUCCAAGUCAUGUCAGAAAAAUGAUUGAGGUGUUUGACAAUCGCAAUGAGUUACUGGAAGAGAACGGAGCAUCAGAUUCAUCUCCGGUGGUGGCUGCAGCCGGCGUUUGUGUCUCCCCCUACCACUACCGGUCGCUUUUGGUAGCACUUUGCGUUCUACUCUCCUUAUUACUAGCAAUGUUAACUGCUGCAUUAUAUAUCUACAGACGUUAUUGGAGAGUACUGCGUAAGAACAUUCAAGCAUCGAGUCCUGUGCCGGAUCUUCGACCAGCCGCCCCCGGACCACGCCCCAAUCGUCCCUCUCUGUUUUCCGCAUCACAUUUACAUAAGCCUUUCUCAUUGAGUGGUCUCGGUCGUACUUUUGCGGAGGUCGGCGAGGAGGCUGGUUCUUCAGGGAGGUUAGCAAACGCCUUCGAUGACGGCAGCGAACCAAUUUACACAGAUCCCUCGCUGUUCGAACGCUCGCGGUCUCUACGCUCUCUGCACUCGCUGGACAUGAAACCCGAAAGACGCGAUCGUCACGCAUAACUUCUUUCUUCUAAUUUCAAGAUGGCGUCGUCCAAUAAUUCGAAUGUCGGUUAUUUGAAUGAAAUAUAUACACAUCUUCAAACUUACUGCCAUAAUAUGCUCAGUUUCUUAUCAGUCCACACCUUUUUUAUACUUUUCCGAUUUUACUACUUUACUAUUAAAACUUUUUAUUUUAAGUCAGUAC